UGGGGCUUCGGCGCCCACGGCCUGAACCACCAGAUCCCCAUGUCUGCCACCCGCCAGAGCACCGCCGAUGGGGCCGCGCCAGCUUCCACCCCUGACGCAGGCCACCCCCGGGUACCGGUACAAAGACCUGCCUCGCUCUCAGGUCCCCCUCUAGCGUCGAUAUCUGAGUCCACCCCGCCCGCAGUGCUCGUCUGUUCCCGAGAAUCAGUACCAGGACGUCCUACAUCCACGACCUCUACCCAAGAAUUAGGGCAAGGGUUUGUCCUGCCCUUCUCGCCCGGCUUCCUCAGGUUACCGAUUCCAGAACCUCUUACACCCAAUAACACUCCCGAGGUGUCAGCACUCGGGCUCGCCCCGCCCUCAGUGAUCGGCUCUUCUUGGAGUUCGAUGCCUGGGCCUCCCGUACCCAAUAACUCCCCGCUACUGUCAUUGCAAGGAUCCUAUCAGUUCUCAGGACCCGGCUCUCCCCGACUGUCAGUAGACGCAUCUGUUGUGCUCUCGGAGUCCUCCCGAGUGUCGGUGCAAGGGUCGCCCCCGCCCUCAGUGCUCAGUACCCCCCGGAGUUCACUGCCGGGAUCUGGCCCGCUCUUGGACUCCUCUCGAGUGUCGGUGCAAGGGUCCGCCCCGCCCUCCAAGCUCAGCUCCCUCCCGGCUCCGCAGCAAGGAUCCGCCCAGCUCUCCGAGUCCACCCCGCCCUCAGUGCCCGGCUCCCCCCGGGAUUCGGUACAAGGACCUCUUACGCCCAGGAACACCCCCGGAGGGUCGGCACAAGGGUCCACCCAGCCCUCCGUGCCCGGCUCCCCCCGGGAUUCGUGCCAGGUGCCCCCCGAACAUCCGCGGAAGGAUCGGCUCCGCCCCCGGGCUCCACUGACAGAGCAGUGCAAGGGGCUGCUCCGCCCUCAGUGCCGGGCUCUGCCCGAGUGUCGGUGGAAGAAUCGGCUCCGCCCCCGGACUCCCCCCGAGAGUCGGUAG